ACCGGUAAUUUUAGGGCACUUAGAUCCUAGCAUGGGCGACGACGAGGAGGACCAAGCUCUGCAACUUGAAAAAUAUUUCAAGUAUCCACACCCAACAUCCGUAGCUCACUCCAGUUUAUCGACCCAGAAUCUAUUAGACAACAAUCACAACUAUGCGAGUGACUUGCGAUACUACGCGCCCCAACAGAGUCAACUCGAUCAUUCAAAUUCCCACUGCGUUGUCGAUGAACAAAACAAGGAUAAUCAAUGCUCCGGCAUUGCCAUCGGACAUGCAAUGGAACAUUAUCACCAGAAUAUGGAAGCUGCCAAGUACAACGAACAACAACAACAACAACAGCAUCAACAGCAUCAACAUCAACACCAGCAGCAUCAACAGCAACAGCAGCAACAGCAACAGCAGCAACAACAUCAGCAACAGCAACAACAACACCAACAACAACAACAACAACAACAAGCAGCAGCAACAUUCUCAGCAAAAUCAGAGCGUCGAACAUGUUUCAAAGUCGGAUGAUGAUUUUAGCGUAAUCCUAGCCGACGUACGCAAAACGUGCUACAGUAGUUAGAGUCUCGUGAAACGGUACGUACGGUCGUAUAAAAAAAAUUUCAGGCUGUUCACGUAAUUAUAAGAGCUCGCGUCGUGUAAAAUAAUACUCCUUGUUGAAGCUCUUCUUUGAUACUCCCUUAUAGGUUUUUCGUGAAGGUAUUCAGAGCUGGGCUCGGAUGAAACUUGUUUUUGUGAAAAAAUAUACAAAUUUAAGCUAAAGGAAUAACCAAUUCAUGCAACGGAUAAUUGAGAGUUUAUCCCCAUCGCGCGGUGCCAGUUAUCAUAUAUUCGUAAAAUUCAGGUGACUUAUUUACAGUUCGAGGAUGUGUUGUUCGUAGCGUCAACUGUCUUCAGACUGUAAUUGAAGGCGUGAAGCGAUAAAAAUUACUGUACAAAAAAUGAAUAAUAUAUGCUUGUUGGAUAUUAUUAUUCAUCAAAACCACAAUACCAGCUCUGAUUCAUAUAAUCAUUGUUCGAAUCUUUCAUUACCAUAAGUAGUGUAGGAAUUACUAAAAGCAACGAUCAAAUUAUUAGCUUGAAUUUUUUUUCGUGAAGAAAAAACUAUACAUAUUAUAUAUAUAUAUCAUAUUGUCGUACUAUUAUUACUACGAAAUUAACAUGCGAAGUGAAGAUAAUUGAGUAAGCUAAUCGAUGAUAUCCGGAAAACUAAAUUAUUUUCUAUAUUUUGAGGAACAAUUGGAACGAGAGAAGAAAUUGAUACUUUUGUGAUUGUGAUACAGAAGCCGACCAUGAAAAAUAUACAUACCUAUAAUGCUACACAACAUUCUUAGGCCCUAAUCAAAAUUCGUUAGUAACAUUAUUCGUAAGAUUUUUAAGCAACGUGGCUCGACACGAACUUGAUACCUUGUACAGAAAAGCUCAUGCGAUUUCCAUGCAGAUAACACAUUCGGAAUUUCUGUCCAUCCUAAGGUCGCUAUAUCGCUAUCAAGGAUUGGAAUGGUAAUGAUAUUUCUGUUCGGAAAAUGUGCAAUAAUUCACACAUGUUUAUCAUCACAGCGAAGAAAGAAAUUCCAGGAGGAUUCAUUUCCCCCCAUCCCACGCAAGGUCUCCGGAUCAGGUUGAUCGGAAUUGGUAAUCAAUCUAGAAAUUGUAAUUAUAUGAGGGAAAUUUUCCACAUAUUUUUAACCGCAUGAGCUAUCUGGUUUGAACUGUGGUUUCGCUAAUUAUUAUUACUAUACAUGUUGUACGUAGUGAGUAAGAAAAUAUCUAUAGAAAAUUGUAGACAAAGAUUAGACGCUGUACUAGAUCGAUAAUUAUGAAAGCGAGGCAUGCGUAGAUUUUAAAAUACUGUAUUUUAAAGAAUAAAUAAUAUUUUCACCAAGCAUA